GUGCGUUUGUGUUUCUAAAGUGAAUGACACCCCAAAUGAGAAUGUUGCUUUAACGCAGAUUGUUUGCAUCUGCUCCGUGACGAAGGGAAGGGGGACGUCACGCAAAGAAGGAACCAAUCAGAUAUUAGUUGUUUGGAUUUAUGCCAGGGUCUUUUUGGCUUGUAAGACUUUCGUACGGGUGGCCAGGGCCAGUUUUUUUUUCCCCCCCUCAAAAAUAACAGUCUGCUGAGUUGAGAUGCCAUACACGCCGUCUGGCUUUUUCUGCGACCGGCUGAUCCGGGAACGAGAAAGGAGAGACGGGGAAGGGUCCCUGAACAAGCCCAUCCGCUUUAACGGCCAGGACUACAACACGCUAAGACAGGAGUUCCUGCAGACGAAGACUCUGUUUGAGGAUGAAGCUUUCCCCGCCACAGUGGAGUCUCUGGGCUUCAAAGAGCUCGGACACAAGUCCAACAAGGUCAAGAACAUCAUCUGGAAGAGGCCCAAGGAAAUCUGUGAAAACCCACAGUUCAUCGUUGGAGGAGCGAGUAGGACAGACAUCUGUCAGGGAGAGUUAGGUGAUUGCUGGUUGUUAGCUGCUAUUGCUUGUCUCACCCUGAACGAGAAGCUUCUCUAUCGAGUUGUUCCCCAGGAGCAAAGCUUCUCCGAGAACUAUUCCGGCAUCUUCCACUUCCAGUUCUGGCGUUAUGGCGACUGGGUGGAUGUCGUCAUUGAUGACCGCGUUCCAACGUUCAAUAACCAGCUGGUCUUCACUAAGUCCGCUGAGAGAAAUGAGUUUUGGAGUGCCCUGCUGGAGAAGGCCUACGCCAAGCUGCAUGGCUCUUACGAGGCCCUGAAGGGGGGGAACACCACGGAAGCCAUGGAGGACUUCACUGGUGGUGUCACUGAGUUUUACGAGAUGAAGGAAGCCCCCAAAGAGUUGUACAAGAUCAUGAAGAAAGCCCUGGAGAGAGGCUCGCUCAUGGGCUGCUCCAUUGAUUCCCUGGUUCCUGCUCGCUUUGAAACUCGCACAGUGACGGGACUUGUGAAGGGCCACGCCUACUCCGUCACAGCGGUGGACGAGUGCAAAUCCUCUCAGCACAAGGACAGUAAAGUCCGUCUGGUGCGUCUCAGGAAUCCAUGGGGACAGGUGGAGUGGAACGGCCCCUGGAGUGACAACUCCAAAGAGUGGGCCACACUCUCUAAGGCUGAAAAGGAGAAAUUGCAGCACCAAAGUGCAGAGGAUGGAGAAUUCUGGAUGUCAUUUGAGGACUUCAAGAAGAACUACACUAAGAUUGAGAUCUGUAACCUAACGCCUGACGCCCUCGAGGAUGAUAAGAUCCACAAGUGGACAGUGUCGGUGAAUGAGGGCCGCUGGGUGAGAGGCUGCUCCGCCGGAGGCUGCAGAAACUAUCCAGACACUUUCUGGACCAACCCUCAGUACCGACUUCGCCUGCUGGAGGAGGAUGACGAUCCGGACGACAACGAGGUGGUCUGCACCUUCGUGGUGUCCCUGAUGCAGAAGAACAAACGAAAAGAGCGAAAGAUGGGGGCCAACCUCUUCACCAUCGGAUUCGCCAUUUAUGAGGUGCCAAAGGAGAUGCACGGAAACAAGCAGCACAUGCAGAAGGACUUCUUCCUGUUCAACUCCUCCAAGGCCCGCUCCAAGUCCUACAUCAACCUCCGCGAGGUGACGCAGCGCUUCCGCCUCAGCCCCGGCGAGUACGUCAUCGUGCCCUCCACGUACGAGCCGCACCAGGAGGGAGAGUUCAUCCUGCGGGUCUUCUCUGAAAAGAAGAACACCUCAGAGGAGAUAGAGAACAGGAUCGAGGCGGACCAUCCUGUGCCGGCUCCGGCCUCGGCGGGGGAGGAGAGCGAGGAGGACCAGCAGUUCCGGACGAUUUUUCAGGAGAUAGCCGGUGAUGACAUGGAGAUCACAGCUAACGAACUGAGAAACGUUCUCAACAGGGUGAUCACCAAGCACAAGGACCUGAACACCGAGGGCUUCAGCCUGGAGAGCUGCAGGAGCAUGAUCGCUCUGAUGGACGUAUCCUUUAUGGACGGGACGGGUAGACUCAAUCUGCAGGAGUUCAGACAUCUGUGGAAUAAGAUCAAGCAGUGGCAGGGAAUCUUCAAACACUAUAGCGCCGAUCAGUCCGGCGGCAUCAGUAGCUACGAGAUGAGGAAUGCCGUCAAUGAUGCAGUCAUGUGUCUUAUGUCCUGCCCAGGCUUCCGUCUCAACAACCAGCUGUACGACGUCAUCACCAUGCGCUACGCAAACGAGAACAUGAACAUCGACUUUGACAGCUUCAUCAGCUGUCUGGUCCGGCUCGAAGCCAUGUUCAGAGCCUUCCAAGCGUUUGACCAGGAUGGAGAUGGCUCCAUCAGACUCAGCGUCCUGGAGUGGCUCCAGCUGACCAUGUACGCCUAGAACGGCCCCAUCUUCUCCCAGGUGAACUCCACGCCACACGAGGACCACGCCCGCCAGCCAGCCUUUACCUCAUUGCCCCGCGUGCCGUUAGCUUUCCUCCACCCCCCCCCGCCUCACAUCCAGGAGCUGCGAACACGUCUUCCUGCUAUGUUUCCUCCGCCUUUGUUCUACCACGAUCACCACAUCAGUCUCUUUAUCAGUGAUUGGCUUUUUUUUUUUUUUUUUCAUUAUUAUUCAGUUUAUGACAUCAUCACCGUUGUACUGUUUUCUUUUCUCAGGCAGCAAACACAACCAACCUCUUAUUUUUACCGUCACAAUACCUCACAGAGCUCCUCUCAUACAUCACGCUGUUCUCUUCUAUUAUCAAAGUUAGCAGGAAGGAUUGUCCCCUGGCAUUCGCCCCACUGACCUGGGCUUAACAUUUCUAACAUUGCAUUCUCAUAAAGUUCUUUUUCUUCGCUGUUCUGUAGCAACCUUUGCCUCCCACCAGCGACUGGAGCCACGUUGAGCACAGCUCCAAACAUGGCUGUCCCUGUUGGAGAAUCUCAGGCCUCCUGUUCCCCUCGGCGGGACUUCGCCGCCUGACAACUGUCCAGUCUUUCCAGUUUUUAAGCUCUGCACGUGGUUGGAAUCGAUUAUAAAGAUCGAAACACGGAGCCGACGGGACUCAGCCCAGACUCGGGCGCUUCGAAUACGCAUUUGAAAGAAUAUGAAUUAAGAGUUGAACUGCAGCUUUUUUGUGAUUUUUUUUUUUUCCUUUCCUUCCCCAUGAAGGCUUUGGUCAAAUGAGUGUACUACAUUUUUAAACAUUUUAACCCAAUAAAUAUGUAGCUGUUGGUUUGACUGCGUUACCACCAGU